AUGAGGGUUGAGAUGCAGAGAAAACAUGAUUUGCCUCCUCCGAUUUUUGCUAUCAACACUCAACCAGACGGAAGGCCUCAAGUUCAAAUUCCCCCUCUUAACGUGGAACAAGCUCAGAACCCGCCUUCAAGUUCUGCUCGCAAUCCAUCUAUCAUUGACCUUACCACCCAAAAUCCCCAUUACGCCUCAGCCUCUUACCAAACACCACCCCCUCCUCAAGAUACUAACCCCCAAGCACCACUCCCUUUCCCCAAUGCAAACCACCAAACUGGCCUACCCCCUCAAAGCCAAAAUGUUAACCGCCCGCACAUUUCCCUUCAUUACCAAAAUCAACAUACCAACCCCCAAACUUUCCCUCAAAAUUACCAAGCCACUCAAAAUGCCCAAAGUCCUUCCAUUGCUCCACCACUACCACAAAAAGCCACCUUCCAAAUACCCGUCCCCAACGAGCAUGACGCCCAUGGUUCGGAGCUCGACCAUUAUGAGGAGAGGGAGAAAGAGUGGAGGUCAAAGGAGGAGACUGUCAAGAUAGAUAUGAAAGAGGAAAUUAGAAAGGCCAUGAAGGAGUUGAACU